UCCCAGCUUGAUCAUUUCUUGAUCCUUUUCUUGUAUGAUCAUCAUCUAAUCCAAUAAUUGUCUUUAGUUUUCAUCCCUCCCAUUAUAUAAAUACUGCUCAUCUUUCAUAAGGGCUUGAUCAAAAUUAGAAAACAAGUCCAGAAAAAUGUGUUCCUCCAAGUCUAAACCACAAGGGAGUAACAGCCAUGAAAUUAGUCCUACAUUAUCCCACAUCAAUGGCAGGCCAGUCCUUCAACCAAACUGCAAUCGUACCCCUCUUUUAGAAAGGCGUAAUUCCCUAAAGAAAUCCUCCAGAAACUCUUUUAAUGCCCCAUUGCCAUCAUCAGCACCAGCACCAGCACCAGCAGCAGCUAGUACUACUAUAACUACUAGUACUGGUGGAAAUAGUAGUCCUAGAAUCAGGGCUUCGGUGACUACCACCCCUCCUGCGUCUCCUCAGCUAAAAUCCCCGCGACAACCGGCGACUAAGAGAGGAAAUGAUCCUAAUGGAUUGAACUCAAGUGUUGAGAAAAUUGUGACACCAAGAAGCAUGACAAAAUCUUCCGUAACUUCAAUGAAGAAAUCCAAGAAAUCUAGUAACGGAGGUGGAGGACAUGUGACAAAUUCUGCUGAGAAUUCGUCAUCUUCCUCAUUGAAGUACUCCUCCUCCCUCAUAGUUGAGGCUCCAGGAAGCAUUGCAGCAGCAAGGAGGGAGCAUGUUGCUAUCAUGCAAGUUCAAAGGAAAAUGAAAAUUGCUCAUUAUGGUAGAACAAAGUCAGCCAAGUAUGAAGGGAAAGUAAUUCCUCUUGAUCCUUCAGCUAUUACUGCUACCACAGUCAAAGAGGAAAAGAAAUGCAACUUUAUUACAUCAAAUUCAGACCCUAUAUAUGUUGCUUACCAUGAUGAAGAAUGGGGCGUACCCGUGCAUGAUGACAAGCUGCUCUUUGAACUUCUAGUGUUAACUGGUGCUCAAGUUGGAUCAGACUGGACAACCGUCUUGAAGAAGAGGCAAGAUUUCAGGGAUGCUUUUUCAGGGUUUGAUGCAGAAAUUGUGGCAAAAUUUACUGAGAAAAAGAUUACUUCAAUAUGUACUGAUUAUGGCAUAGAAUUAAGCCAGGUCAGAGGAGCUGUCGACAAUGCUAACAGAAUUCUGGAGAUCAAGAAGGAAUUCGGUUCAUUUGACAAGUAUCUAUGGUCAUUUGUGAAUCACAAACCAAUUUCUACACAGCAUAAAUCAUGCCUCAAGAUCCCUGUGAAGACCUCAAAAUCAGAGUCCAUCAGCAAAGCCACGGUGAGGAGGGGAUUCAGAUAUGUUGGCCCUACAGUUAUACACUCCUUCAUGCAGGCAGCUGGACUUACAAAUGACCAUUUGAUCACCUGCCCAAGACACCUUCAAUGUCUAGCAUUGGCCUCUCAGGGUCCUGCAGCGGCACCUGCCCUAUAAUUAAUCACAGCUAGUUAAGCAGUAAUUAUACCAACAAAAAGUCAUGAUGAUUUUAGACAGUAGUCGAUUGUCUAACUAUACAUAGGACCCUUUUAAUUUUUGUCUAGUUGUGUUAAGUGAUUUGAUAUGUCUUUCUAUAAGAGAGUUUGGUCAUUUAAUAGGCUAUAUAUGGUGCUCGAUUGAAUCAUGGUUUAGGAUGAUUAUGAUGCUGAAAUAAUUGUAAUAUGAAGGAGGAAGGAAUAAAGAAGGGCUGCAUUGUGGUGGGGGCUCGGGAAGCAUGUGCAUGGUGGGCAGGCAAAUGGGAAAUGGAAAAGGGCAUGUGUCGUCUUGUUUGGUGCAUAUGGCUUUCAUAUCCUUGGUGACCACCAAAUUAUGGAUUGCAUUAUUCAGCUUGCUUUUUCAGCAGCCUGCUAAGGACAGCAACUUCAGAGCAAGAAUUUCUGGGGCCAGCCCUUCGUCUCCUUUUCUGCCUUGAUUCGGAUAACAAUCAUUUUAUCUGCUUCUGCUAGAUGAAGCCAUCUGAAAACAAAAGGAAGAAGAAAGCAAAAACAGAUAGCUGAUAUUUGUGUUGCUAUCUAUAUAAGUUUCUGACACAUAGGCUACUGUUUGCAAAUCUGUAUCAUACUUUAGUGUGAAGUUUCUUGAGUGGUUGUCUUUUUUUCCCUUAUUAUUUUCUUGAUGAACUUUUCUCUCUUCUUAUGAGAUUGACAAUGUGGAUCGGUAGGCUUGUUUGCUCUUUGGAUGUGUAUCACUUUUCCAUGAAUAUUAGAAGCAUAAGUUAAGUAUC